AUGGCCAGGACGCAGUCCCUUCCCGCGCACCAGCCCGACCCCACCCAGAUCAGCCUCACCCGGCUGCUGGAUCGUCUGCAAACCGCCCUGCUCUCGUCGGAUGCCGACCCGAAGCUGCGAACGUCCAGCUUCGAGCGUACCAAAGUCGGCGCUAACCUUGAAUAUGCGCGCUCGCUGCUGCUGCGCCUCGAGCACGACACGGCCGCCGUAAAGAUCCAGUCGCGCAAGCAAGCCCAGCAGGCCGACCUGCAGGCGAAACGUGACCUCAUCAAGCAGCUGAAUCAACGCCUAUACGAGCUGAACCAGCUCGACGAUGACGACGAUGAUGCCGAUGACUCGACCGAUGAUGACGAUGACGAGGACGAUGCUCCCAGCUACGCGCCCGCGCACCGAAACACCACUGACGGCCUGAACGUCGAGCACAAGCCGGGCAACCAGGCGCUGCAGGACGCCGCCGAGAACAUCCUGCGCUCCCGCCGCCCAGGACAAGCCGAUCCCCCUUCCUCCACUCAGGACGCUGCGACAACGACGGGCUCGUCGCUCUUUGGCGGCUCCAGAAACCCCGCAGCCGACCCCUCGCUUCAGCGGUCGGAGAAGCUGAUGUCGCAUAACCGCUCGGAGCAGGAGGCGCUGACGAGCUCGCUACUGGACAUGGCUGCGCUUCUGAAGCAGCAGACAAUGCAAUUCGGCAGCUCGUUGGAGGCGGAGAAGGACAUCUUGGACCGCGCCAGCAAAGGCCUCGACACAAGCGCACAGGGAAUGGAAGCUGCCGGGCAAAGGAUGGGCACCUUGCGGAGGAUGACGGAGGGCAAAGGCUGGUGGGCUAGGGUCAGGCUGUACGGCAUAAUUGCCGCGUUGUGGAUGGCCUGCAUCCUGAUCAUGUUCGUCAUGCCGAAGCUGAGGUUCUGA